UCGGCGGUUAGGGAACUUGCCCGGCCUGGUUGCCUGGGGGAUAACGGAUAACGGAUAUCGCUUAGCAUCCCUGCGCCUGGUGCCGUGGUCCUUGGUUUUACUUACAUGGUGACACCUAAGAUUUGCAAAUUCGCUUAGGGUUUGGCAUAAUGACGUGGAGGACACCUUUUGUUGGAGGGAGCGCUUAUCUCUCCUUCCUGUGACGCAUCCCUUCCAUAAAAAGAUGCAAACUUGCAGACCCUCGAUCGACUAAAGGACUCCCGCCCCUCCCCCCGUUAACUCCAGGGUUGUGGAUCUGCCCUCCCGAAGCUGCUCGGGCAGUGUAUGUACGCCGUCGGAGGGGCUAGAAUUCGGUCCCGGCCUCUUCUGCACCCCAAUACCUCCCCGCUCGACGCACGCGUGCUGACGGGGGAGGGGAAAGGCGAAAGCUUCUCCCGCACGUUGCUCGAUGCCGGGCCGGGGUCCCGGGUCCGACUGGACAGAGUGCAGCUCUUCCGCGAAGCCGCCCGCAGUGGCCGGGACCCGGGGCUGCGGCGGCGGGUGAGGCUGCGGGCUCGGAGGGUUGGGGGUUCGGCUCCGAGCGUAAGGCACCUGCCAAGGAGGGCUGGCAGCUCUGCUCGUGGACUGGUCCUCAGUGCACUUUGUUAAAGUGGCCGGGAUGGGAAGCACGGUGGCCAAUUAGCUGCUUGGGGGAGGGCUCGUGAAGGGUGGACGCUCGGGAGGAGCACUGUGCAGUGACUGAACGCUGGGACUGCGACAGUCGCCUCCCUGUAUCCUUGUGCCGGAGGGGGCGCUGCAGCCUGCUGGGAAACUUGCGGUCCACCCACUUUAUCUCUGUGACGGCGAGGUUAACCCGGAGCAGAGUAGGGAGAAAACGUCGGGAAGGGCUUCCAAGUCAAUCAGCCAGUCCCUGGACCUGAAGCACCGUUCUGUUAGGUGGCAGUGUGUAAUAGCCAACGAUGAUGAAGACAGCUGCUGAAGUCACCGCUGGAGGCUACACCUCCUUAUCCCCCAAAGCGAGAGCUGCUCCGGGUUUACAGUACAGUUCAGCCCACGGUCGUGGCUCCAGCUGCACCCUUGGCCACCUGUUCUCUCCCCACGUCCCCCGCGCGGUGCUGGGAAUCGAACCCAAGGCCUCGUGCUUGCUAGAUCAGCUGGACUUUAUUACCAGAAUUCCAAAGGUACUGCAUCCAGACCUCACCAUAGGCCAGAAGCAUUAUCUGUGCAGCAUUGCUAAGAUCUAUAAUGUAAACUAUCUGAGGACCUUGAUGAAGAAGCAGUACCUGUAUGUGAUCCAACGCAACUCACAAAAGCCAGGCAGGAGCCGCCUCUACUCUUGUUACUCACAGAAACAGCAUUACCCCUGCACUACCUGGCGACACCAACUGGAGAGGGAGGACUCUCCCAGCAUUGCAGCUGUAUCUACACCCGAAAUGAUCAUACAGCAUUCCCUUUGGCGACCAGUGAGAAACAAAGAAGGGUUAAAAACUGGAUAUGCAUCUAAAAUAAGAUGUAAGUCACUGAAGAUUUUUAGAAGACCUGGCAGACUGUGCAUGCAACCAGUUUCUUCAAAUGAUUCUGAAUCACAUAUGAAUGAAGAAAAAAAAGAAGAAGAUAUACUAAAUAAGUGUAUGCAGUCAAUGUCAAUUGAAGAACAGGGAGAACAUGUGAUGUUAACUUGACAGUUGUGUCUUGUGGACUGAAUUCAGACACCACCUGAUAUCCAGAUACUGUGCCAAAAGGGAAGGAAAGGGACUGUGAAUUGUGUCCUUUAUGUUUAGGAUGGUGUUAUUCACUAUUCAUGAAUUUUAGUUUGUUCAAAAACUUUACAACAAUGUGAUUGGUCUGAUGUAAUUCAAUGUACCAUUGAUAUUAGUGGAAUAAAAUUUACAUGUAAUAUAUGCUUGUAUAUUCUAGCUAGGUACAAUUAAAAGUUUUCUUAUCUCUUAAAAUUGAAUUAUUUUUCUUUAAACCUGACAAAUGCAUUAUAUAUGUAAUUCCUUUCCUUGUUUACACUAAAUUCUAAAAUAGCAAUAUUCUAACAUCCUACAAGUAUUUUCUUGUUUGGAAUAAGGACAACUCCAAAAUAUUAAGAUAUAUAAUAGUAUUUGAUAGGCAGAAUGCCAUGACUUGCAAAGUAGGUGUGCAAUAAAUACUUGCUACUUGAUAAAGUUAAAAAUGUACAGAUUUGCCUUAUCUUAUAAAAACUGAACUCUCAAAUUAGAUUCAGCUGGGAAUAGUUGCACUUCUGACAGGAUUCUUUACAUAUGCACUCUUAUAAGUGAGCUUCCCAGCUAAACUUAGUGGUUCCUAAAACAGAUGUUAAACCUUGAAAAAUGGGAGGAGCAACAGUCUAAACAAUCACUGCUGAUUUAAUACAUCAAUAUGAUACAUUAUUUGGAAAAUAAAAUGUGAGUCCAACAUUAUGACACAGAUGUAAGAAAAGGAGUGCUCUGGGG